AUGUUACUGCUGCAGAAGAGCUUGGAGAACUUCUGCGUUCUGGAGGCCCGGGAGACCCGUCUGCUAUGGGAAGGCAUUUUCCCGGUGCAGGGGACCAUCUUCCCCGCCCCCAAUUUCAAUCCUGUGAUGGACGCCCAGGUGCUGGAGGGAGCGCUCCAGGGAUUUGACUGCGACAAGGACCUGCUGCUGGACAUUCUGACGCAGCGCAGCGGCGCGCAGAGGCAGGUGAUCGCCGAGGCCUACCAGGGCAUGUGCGGCCGGGAUCUGCUUGGUGACCUGAAGGAGAAGCUUUCAGGUCACUUCAAGGACGUCAUGGUCGGCCUCAUGUACCCCCCACCGUCCUAUGAUGCCCACGAGCUCUGGCACGCCAUGAAGGGCGCAGGCACGGAGGAGAACUGCCUCAUUGAUAUACUGGCUUCNNGAACAAACGGAGAAAUCUUCCAGAUGCGAGAAGCCUACUAUAUGCAAUACAGCAGUGACCUUCAAGAGGACAUUUACUCAGAGACAUCAGGACACUUCAGAGACACGCUCGUGAACUUGGUCCAGGUCAACCUGAUGCACCUUCAGUAUCUUCGGAAGUGA